CCGCUUAUUAUGACAUUUUUUGUGAUGUUUAUUUUCACACGGUUUUUGCAUUAUUUAUAAAUUCUAUUGCAAUCGCACCAUAAUGAUAUGCAACGACUACGAUAAAAGUAAACCCUGCAAUCAUACGAAUCUGGAUAAUUUGGAUAAAGCGUUGCAUGAUUUAGGCAUGCUCAGUGCAAUAACAGAGGCACGUCGGGAAUAUUUAAAGGAAAGUAAAGGAAAUUUCAGCGUAAUGCGUCUCAACACGAGGUACGUUUCCAACGUGACAGUAGGGUAUUGUAUGAAGAGAAGUACAAAUAAGAGCAGGCUUUGCCCGUAUGUCCUGCCAGUGCGGCAUCGAACUAAGAGUGAAAACUCGGACGCGAUCAGUAGUGACAUGAACGAUGUCUGCGAUUUUAAAUAUAGUAUACUGGAACCCUCCACAAGCAGCAUGAGGGAGAAUAUUGAUAUUAAAAGUACAAAACGAUGUCAAUCCCUCGAAAACCUGAAUCUGGUGAUAGAGAACCCACCGAAGCCAGAAAUAUCCCCCGAUAUGGACUGUGUGUCUACAAGGAUCCAGAAGUUGCAGGUAGAUGAAUGACACACAAAAUAAUUAAAGUAUGGCUGUAUUGAGAUGAAAUAUGGUAUGAGAGGUAGCUACUAGUUUAGUAAAAGUGUAUUUUCAGUGUCCGUUUACUAUUUGAUAUGAGUGAGUUUAUGAGACUUGUUCCUAAACCAUAAAGUUUUAUUAGUUUUAAUUUUGUUUAUGUUGAAAGUUUUGAGUGUUUUAGUAAAGUUGAUAGAAAUAUUUUGUACCAUAUUUGUAAGCAAUGUGAGUUUAGAAAUGCAGUGUUCAUUAAUUAUAUGAUCAACUAUUUGAUAAGACACAGCAAUGUGUUUCAAAAUUCUGUCAACAAAGUUUCAUAUUUUGUCAGUCAAUUAUUACCAGUGAGUAGGUAAAACUGCAUUAUUUAUGAAUUUUGAAAGAUAAUAUUCACAACCAAAUAAAUAUCAGAAUAACUUAUGAUUUGUUUAAUAAAAUAAGCUGUUUUAUGUAUCAUCAUUGCUUACAUUUUCAAACAAUGUUAAAGCCAUAAUAAUUUUACAACAGAAGUAAAUUUGUAUAAAGUUAUAAGAUAUUUAUUGCCUAUAAUUAAUAGAACAUGUAGUUACCUAUAAUUAGCAGAACAUGUUCAAUUGUUAUAUUCUUAUGCUGUAAAAUAUUUACUUUAUCUUCUAGAAAAUAUAGAUAAGUAAUUAAAUAAUUUUACAGUAUAUGAAUGUGACAUAAAUGAACAAUAUUUUGAAGGCUUCCAUUAUUUUACUUUUGAGCUAGUUUAAGUUAUCAAUAUUUCAUUAUAAAAAAUACAAGUCAUUUGUCUUAUAUGUUUAAUAGGAUCUGAUAAGUAAGUAUCUUAUAAGUCAGUCUUGAAAUCCAUACAUCGUAACAGAUCAAUUCAAACUUUAUGGCAGUUUGGAAGUUAGUUGCGAAUGCAUAUGCAUUAUGCGCGCAAGUAUGUCAGAUGCUUAAUGUUCCGGUAAUAUCUAAAAUUGUUUUCUGCGCAUCAGAUUGUUUAAUUUUCCAAGCUGCCAUUAAAUUUGAAUUGUACUGUACUCAAAAUUUGAGCAACCAUUGUAAAUUACUGAUUUUUUAUUUUUUAUUUUGUUAUUUCAAACAAGAUAUCUUGCAUGUUUGUUAUUUUUCCUUAAUGCUUUGUUUUAAAAUGAAGCAAAGAAGCAAACGGAGUAAAAAGCAUUAUCUUUCGUUCAGUUCAGUACAAAUGCAAUUCCCCAUAAAAAUUUUCUUUGUACUUCUAGAAUCUAUUUCAGUUUUCUUAAACAUGUCAUUUAUUUAAUAACACUACUAUUGCUUUGACAUGCAAGAUUUCUUACUUCUUUGCGUCUUUGUUAAAUACGACACUACAAUUGUUUCUAAAACAACCAAUGGCAAGGUUACAGUUUUAUUUUUUGGCUGUUUAAUUCUCUUAGAAGUGCAGUCCUUAUCAAGAAAAUAUUAUUUGUUAUACCUAGGCAAAGCUGGCUUUAACCAGGUAUAAUUACUGAGUUAAGAAACUUCCUUGAACACAAGGAAAUAUCUCAAUGCUAACGAAAAUGAUAUUGUAACUACAUUACAAAAUGUAGACGUUUGAAACCAUGUACUCAUACUCCCUAAAAAUUUACAUAUAAGUUAAAAUUUUAUAGUUU